CACAUUUGCACCCGUUGGUUGUGGCGGAGUUGGUGGGUUGAGAUCAUCACAAGCCUGCGAACCAUCCCUCCAUGGAGGCGGAGUAUCAUUCGUUUGAGAUCGACCAUGUCCUGCAACGCAAAGGCGUGGCGACUGAUGCCGCAGGCAAGGCAUCGAGGGAGUCGUCAUCGUCGUUGUGGGCGUUGAGUAACAUUGCCAUCCCGCUAAACUACAUUUGCAUCGGUCUUAUCAUCACCUUCCCCAAUGCGUUCAUCGAGUACUACCCGCGGCAGCUCGGGGCGUCCGACUCGCAACUGAGUACCAUUGGCGUUGUGCGCAACCUGCCUUGGACAUUCAAGGUGCUCUAUGGGGUCCUGGCAGACGUAUUUCCCAUCGCGGGCCAUCGUUUCAAGCCAUACAUGGUGCUAGGCUAUGCAAUCGCAUCCAUCUUCAACCUCUUGUUGGCGCAAUAUGCCGACAACAUGUCUGUGAUCACUUUCACGACCCUCCUCUUCUUCUCCAUGUUGGGCCUCAUCAUGGUCGACGUCAUGGCCGACGCCCUUCUCACGUACAAGGCCAUGGCCGAGCCGGAAGGGUCUCGGGGUCACAUCCAAGGCACGAUCUACAUGCUCCGCUUCCUCACAGAGACGGUGGGGUACUGGGGCGGGUCCAUCCUAUCCAACCGCGACUCGUGGGGCUGGGGGCUGUCGAUGGGCCAGUGCUUUGGACUCUUGGCGCUGCUUCCCGUGAUCACGAUCCUUCCGUUUCUGUACUUCAUGGACGAGCCAGUUGUCGUGACUGUCCUUCCCUUCCGGGGCCAAAUGGCCAUGAUUUGGAAGAUGCUGUGUCUGCGCGCGACGUGGCAGCCCCUCAGCUUCAUCGUGCUCUACCACACGCUGCACACGUACAACGCCGCGUGGGGCAACUUUCUCCAAGUCCGGUACGCGUUCAACGCGUUCGAGUAUGGAUCCAUGGCAGCCGCAGGCUCAACCGUCGGUUUUCUCGGCGUGUUCGUAUACAAGCGGUACCUCCUGGACGGGGGGCACUGGCACUUUGUGUAUACAUUUGCGAGCGUGGUGAUUGCAAUCUUUUCCGUCGCCAACAUUGUGUUGGUGUUCCGCCUCAACGAACCCCUGGGCCUGCCGGCGUACUGGUUCGCAAUGGGGGACUCGGCUAUCAUGAAGUUUGCGUACGGGGUGCAGUACCUCCCAUCCGCCAUUAUGUUCACGCGCGUGUGCCCCGAAGGCCAGGAAGCUGUGGCCUAUGCGCUUCUCACGGGCUUCUCCAAUCUGUCUGGAGGGUUUGCCAGCACCAUCUCGAACGCCCUGCUAGGCAUUUGGCCCGUACAACUGGAAGAUAUGAAAGCCGGCGAAAUCGACGGCAUCUGGAAACUGACGGUCGUUACCAGCGUCAUUCGGCUGCUCGCUCUUCCCUUCAUCCCGUACCUUUUGCCCAAUUCCAUCGAAGCCCUCGACCGACUCAAACAGCCGCAUCUUGCGUCGCGCGUCGGCGGGGCCUGUGCAGUGGCCAUCUACGCCUUUGGGUUUGUGUGGGUGGUGAUUGUGAGUUUUCUUGCCAUCACGUCGCCGUGUCUGCAACUUGUGGGUGGGCACGGAUGUACUGUAUAAUACUUCAAAGUAGUAACAAAGUAGUAACAAAGUAGUACAAUUGAUGUGAAUGUUGAUUGUAAACAUCUACCGA